UUUUUUUGGUUCAUUAUUGAAAAUUUACAUGAAUACAUAGUUGUAAACUGAACUGCGUGGUCAAACAUGGCAAGCCUGCCUUGUUUUCAAGCCAAACUACAUCUACCGAGAGGGCAGCUGGUUUGGACAAAGUUUCAGCGGUUGCACGUAUUGGAAGCCGCCAGAAGUACAGGGGUCGGAGCUUCUACCUACCCGCUGGUGGCGAUAAUUACACGGAGUACAACAACAUCGACUACGUGCGAUUUUGGGAGUAGAACAAAGGCAAAGCCAUAUCAAAAUGACAGCCGUUCAAUGAUUUUUCGUGAGUUCAAACAAAAUUUUAGGAGACAGAGCAUUAGAUCGUACUCAUCUUCCAAUAAAUUUCCUGUUUCAAAGGUUCUUGUUGUUCCCAAAACGACAAGAUACAUGUUUGAGAAACAGCGCUUCGGUGGAGUCGAGACAGAAGAACGAAUCAGACAAAGGCUGAUGGAAAGAGGAUCAGACCUUGAUUUUCUGAAGGAUCGUCACAGAGUUCACACAGACAAUACAGAGAGGUGCAAAGACAUUCUAACAAAACUUGGUUUAGAGACAAGAACAGUUGAUCGCUACCACUUCAAUGAUGAUGCGGUCAGGUGGGCGGACCUCAUCGUGUCGAUGGGAGGAGAUGGAACAUUCCUCCUCGCUGCAAGUAAAGUUUUGGACCAGACGCCGGUGAUAGGGGUCAAUACCGAUCCUCAGGGAUCAGAGGGUCACUUGUGUCUACCUAACAGAUAUACCUUCCUAUUUGAAGAUGCAUUGAAGAGGAUACUGUCUGGUGAUUUCAGGUGGAUGAGACGUCAGAGGAUACGAGUGACUGUUGAUGGCUGCAUGGUGAACAAAGAUCCCAUCGAUCUCCAUGAGCUUGAGCUGAGUUUUCCAGAGCACUAUCAUACACACAGCCAGCAGGAGAGGCGCAUGCAUCAGGGACUUGAUUGCAUGGUCAAGGGACCCCGAGUAUUGCCUGUUAGAGCACUCAACGAGAUCUUCAUCGGAGAGUCAUUGUCUUCCAGAAUGUCUUACUAUGAGAUGUCAGUGGAUGAUGGUCCGAUGGAGAAACAGAAGAGUUCAGGGGUGACCGUUUCAACAGGAACAGGAUCAUCGUCAUGGUCUUUCAACAUCAACAAGCUUUCUUGCCAAAGCGUAAAAGACAUUCUAAAAAUCACGAAUGAAGAAACAGGCAGCAAUCUAGCCACAGAGGAUAGCACUGUGGAGAGGAUAGCAGACCGGUUUAAUUCCUCUCUCUUGUUUGAUGGUGCAGACCCUCGUAUGGCAUACACAGUCAGAGAUCCGGUGACAAACAGAGUCUACCAGUCUGACAUGCCGAGGGGCUUUGCAAGGAAGAUUGUCAUGAGGUCUCGAUGCUGGGAUGCCUCUUUGGUCAUUGACGCCGGAUCUUCUUUCAUCUUCAACGACGGUGCAAUCGCGACGAUGGAAAUCAACGAGAAAGAUGCUCUAAAUACCAUUGAGUUGGUUGAUUGAUGACAGAGAACUACCCGAAGAAGUACCUGAAGAUCCUGCCUAUAGAAUUGUAUUGAAGUAAAUGCUGAUCUGGACAAUCAAAGACAGUGAUGAUGGGCUUAAAGAUCCGAGAGUUAACUUCCAUGGGGAAGCUGACGCCAUCAUGGUGUUCACCCAGUAGUAGGUGUUGUCAUUCUACAAUAAUGGAAUCGAGUUUCAGUCGGGGCAAAAGGCAUUAGCAUUAUCCCUCCUGAAAAUAUACUUAUGAACAGAGAUGUAUACUUCACAAUUCAAUGUUUAUAGAGGGAAAUGGACAAGUUCAGUCAAACCUGCUUCAGUGCCUACAUGUAUAGAAGAACCACCUGUCUAUAAGUAACACAGGUUUGGUUUUACUUGAAUCAUUAUUAUAGGAACCUAUUAAUAAAGAUCACUUGCUUUUAGAGACAUAUUUUCUUGUCUCCGUCAUGCAGUCUUUGUGAACAGGUUCAACAUAUAUCUUAUUUUUAAGAUUUGCUUUUCUUCCAGCAGUGGCCUUAUAUGAACUACCAAACAUCACUAUCAAUAUCAGGUAUCUGAGCCAUAUGACUCAAUGCGACACGUUAUAUGAUCAAAUUGAUCAUUACUGGAGUCAGUAUAACUGCCCAUCCAUUUAAACAAUGCACUACAAAGUGGAUGUAUGAUGCCAUAUGUAUGGUAGUACAAGGGGAUUUUGUUGUUGCUGUAUGUAUUUACUGGGAUACAUUGAUACAAUGGGGCCCCCAUCUUAAAAAGGAAUGUGUUGAUCCAAUUAAUCCCAAUUCUGGAAAGCCAACCAUGCCAUAAUUCUUUUUCUCCAAGCAUAUGGUGGGCUGAUAAAACCUU